AAUUAAUAUUACAUUUUAUGUAUUAGGACCAAAUAUCCUUGGCGGACUUCGUGUUAUAGGAAGCUAGAGAAAAAUGCUUUGAGAUUGAAGUGAAGGCAUUUAAGUAAUUUGAGAAGGAGAAGAAGUCGAUUGUUGAGAGAGAGAAAUCUAACAUUUAAGAAGAAAUCAAUACAAAAUAUAAGAAGAAAGCCCAAUAAGAGAGAAUCAAGCACAGUGCACUAGUCAAUGGAGCUAGAAUGAGAUUGAUGAAUGCCAGAAAUCAAGCAUUGAUGAAGAUCUAUUCUGAUGUACAUUGAUAAUCAUAGUCUCAUAGUCCUAAUACCAAAUAUAUAAAAUGAUCAGAUAGGACGAGCGAUUUUAUGAGGAAUUACUCAAAAACUUAAUUGUACAAGGUCUAAUCAAAUUGUUUGAGCACGAAGUAGUAGUUAGGUAAUCUUGAAAUUACAUAGUAGAUGUCUCCAUCGAGAUAUCAGACAUGUAAAGAAUGUGAUCGAUGAUGCCAUAGCUGAGUUUUAGGAUAUCUUAAGAAAGGAGUUGAACGGCCUUGAAUUUGAAGUCAAAAUAGAAGUUGAUGAAGAUAAGUGUUUGGACGAAAGAACUCUCAUAGAUAACUCAAUAAAAGGAGUUCAAGAUUACUCCUUACAGGAAUCUGCCUCAGAGGUAUUGAACUCCUUGAUAUCCCAAGGUCAUUUCCAAAACAGAAAAUGAUAAGAAGUGCUUCGGAGGAAUACUUUUAACAAAUAAGGAGGGUCUGAUUGUCUGCAAAAAUACACUAGAUGUUAGAACUGAGCAAACCUUUUAAGAUUCAUUACCAAUAAUUAGAAGUACAUUAUUUGGAAAGUGA